AAAUGGACAUAUAAUAGUCAUGUUUUUGCCGUUUCUCAAAGAUUUUAUUCCCGUUUUAUUGUGUAGUUGUGUAGUUUUAUUGGUAUACCUGUGGAACUAGUGCCAGUCUUCUACAGCUCUAGUGCGCGCCAUUUUUUGAAACGAAAUCCGAGGAAGGAGCAAAUGUUCUCCAAAUCACUCGGAAAUUCGCUUCGAUUUCAGCAAUUCUUUAAACACUCGAAUCUCGCCUGGUUUAAAUUAUGCACCUAGCUUCGUAGUCAUGCUAUCUAGAUUGUGAGACCUGUUUUGGGGGCAAACAUUUUCACACUUUCCUAUGGAUGUUGACAAGGAAUUCGAGUUUGAGUGCCCCCAAUAUUUCGACUUUGAAAAUGCGCUGUUACCGGACCAAGACACACCGUUAUCACCGGGAUUAAACAGUUCCUGGUUUGAAAGAGAUCACCCUCUCCAUGAACCAACAAAUCCAGUUAGUCGUGAGGAGGCUCUCAAACCCCUUAUCAACCUCAAUGAACUUAGGCCUGUUCCAGCCAAAAAACCUGUUCAAAAACCAGCAAACCCUCCAAAUAAAUGCAAAACGGCAAAGAAAUCAAUGGGCAGAAAUAAGCCUUUUGUGAGGCUAAAACGAGGUGAACAUGGGCCCAAUAUGCAACAGCAGGGAGGAACUAAAACAGCUGUGCAGAGGAAGAAAUCUGUUGGUGUUGUGAAACUCAGAGGGAACUCUAAUGUUGUGGCAGAGAAAAGGGAUAUUGUUGGAAAUGAAUUUAAUUUAGGCCAAGGGAAUGUUUUUACCCCUCCAUGGAGACAACAUUAUGACUCUCCCGUCAGAGCUGCCUCAUGCAGUAUUCCUGAGUCACCUAAAAGCAGCAUAACAAAAACAGUUUCACCAUCUGGCAACCAGUCCCAACAGCCCAAACAUGCGGCAGCACCAAACGCAUCAAAGUCAGCUAUGACCUCCAGCUUACUCGCGGCGGCACCAAACGCAUCAAAGUCAGCUAUGACCGCAGCCCUAUCAUCCUCCAGCUUACUCGCGGCGGCAGCAUCAACCCAUGCUGCUUCUCUCUACUCUCCUUGCCGAGCCUCACCCAAGGACUCUCUGCUUGCUAAAGCCACUGUUGGCCCUUGCCAGAAAAAUCGCCCUCGCCGACUUCUUCCCAAGACUCCACUUGAGAGCGAGGGAGCCCCUGCAAUGAUUCCUUUAAGGGCACCCCUCAGGUCGGACAAGGAUGACCUGAAUUCCCCGCCACUCACUCCUGACGAGACAACAUCCAGGGAUGCAGAAUCCACCACACCCGAACCCACCCCCUCCCCCACCAUAGCACCAUCCCGAGCUACAACAAGCUGCUCGUCUGCGCGAGAGGAAGGGGAUGGCAGUAGUAUGAGGGAAAAGUUGGGUGAUCUUGAACAACCUCAGGAGGAAACAAAAGUCCUGAGUGUGGAGGAAAUGCUGAAGUUGCAUAAUAAACGAGUCGUGUCGGCCAAUGCCAAGUACGACCAGAAUGGACGCAGGAUUCGGCCAGGCCCAACCUCAUUCUGCCCUGCUCCAGAUCGGCCGGGUCAGACGGCUGAGGACAAAGCCAAAGCCACCAAAUCAUCAAGACGAUCUGUCCACUCAACCUCGGGGAAGCGACCUUCAACAGUUGCUGAAAACAAGAAACCUUUGCCUAAAAACAAGAAUCGUCGUUCUUGCAUCGCGGCCCCUGUAACAACAUCCUCGAGUACAACGAGUGACAACUCCAAGGACACUCGUCUCGCGGCCGCCAAAGCCAUGAAGCGCUCAAUCAACACCGCCGAGAUGGAGAAAGCGCAGAAGAACAAGCGGCGAUCAUGUGUUGUAGAAAGUACAACCACUGGGAAGACUGGGAGCAAGCAGAAAAGACGAUCGUGUAUGGCGGCACCCCAGGCAGCGAUAGACCGCGCAGACGAGGAAUUAAAGGACUUGAUAGCGAGACACAACCAACGUCUUACAUCGAAGAGUUGCUCAUCUGAACACAGAUGAACACCUCGAUGCCUUAAUUAAUUCGCAGCUACCGUCACAGGCAGCUUUACCCCCUGUCCCCUGAAGCGCGUAGCAUGUUUCCUAUCCCAUAGCCAGCAGUCCACCUAUGUCUAUUAACUGAUGAAUAAUGUAAAGUGGUCAAUGGGUGUAUGUUUCACUUAAAUUCUCCGGCCGAAGACAUAACACACGGAACGUGAUGCUGCUUGCACGAUUCGCUUGCCCACACGACCGUGAAUCGUGAUGCAAGCCACGCGGCUAAAAUACCUGAAUAUCUUGUUAUAGUCGGAUUGUAGAGUUUCUAUAUACGGUCUUACGAAUCUUUGUGAGUCGUGACCCUCGCACAAACCCCUCUCCCCCUCGUGAUGACCACGCCUCUUAUCCGUCGUAAUAAAAUUAAUUGAUGGAAUAGGAAUAAGGUAAUCACUAAUAAGAAUCAUUUGCAUCACAAGAAUUAGGUGUUUUUAGUGUUGAAGUUCGCGUCGAAUUCUUGAACAGUUCCUUGCAAGGACAGCAGUGUUGCGUAUCCUCGAAAACGACUAGACUCCUAUGAGCAGUCUAACUAUCAAAUGGAACUUUAAACUUUGUCAAGGAAUUAGCAAGUACAGUUAUACUUUACUAGUAAGCCUAUAAUGUAAUUGGUAUAAGAAUCGAAGAAUUUGUAGACAUAUCCAAGUUGACAUGAUGCACAUGAAUGUAAAUAUAUUAUUGCUAAAUUGUUAAAUGCGAUGUAUAGGUUUAUUCUCAGACUCCAAUAAAAAUGAAAUCCAUAA